AUGUGCAGAUUAAUCAACAGCAAAUCUGUUUGUGUCCAUUGCUUUCUCAGAGAAGAUAAGAAGUUGAGCAGAUGUUACACACUGACGAUCGUGUUUGUGGUGCUGCUGUGUGUUCUCCUGCUGGCUGUCGUCACAGUGCUGUGGAUCAAAUUUGACAACCUGAAUAUUGAAUACAGCCAGUUACAAAUCACCAACAACAACCUGACUAUGGAGAGAAACCAGUUACAGACCAGCAACAAUAACCUGACGAUUGAAAAAGACCAGUUACAGAUGGAGAAAGAUGAAUGGCAGAACAAGUUGGCUCUUAUAGAUACACAUGCCAAAAAUGGAUGGAUCUACUUCAAUUCCAGUAUUUACUACAUGUUUAAUGAGCGCAAGAACUGGAAUGAGAGCAAACAGGACUGCACACAGAGAGGAGCACACCUGGUGAUCAUAAACAGCAAAGAGGAGCGGGAGUUCAUUGGUAAGCUGACAAGAUGCAAGAAGGCUUGGAUUGGUCUGAGUGACAGUGACACAGAGGGAGUGUGGAAAUGGGUGGACGGUACACCACUGACCACUGCGUACUGGAAUUCGGGGGAACCCAAUGAUAGUCGUGUGAAUCGUGAUGAGGACUGUGUCGAGAUUUUGAGUGGGAAUAAAAAUUGGAAUGACAUGUCAUGCUCUGAAGAAUCAUGCUAUAUCUGUGAAAUGAAUCUGUUUUAGUUGUAAGAUUAAAUUAAGACUAAGCAAUUAGAGGAUGUGUUACAGUGAUUUCAUUAUUGGCCAGGGUGUUAUUUUGCCUUAAAUGAAACAGACUAAACCUGACGUAACAUGAUUGUCGUGUGUGCAUUUUGGUGUUUUAUUGGGUGGAUCUAAGCGGCACGGUGGUGUAGUGGUUAGCACUGUCGCCUCACAGCAAGAAGGUCCUGGGCUCGAGCCCAGCAGCUGACAGGGCCUUUCUGUGUGGAGUUUGCAUGUUCUCCCCGUGUCUGAGUGGGUUUCCUCUGGGUGCUCCAUUUUCCACCACAGUCCAAAGACAUGCAGUUUAGGCUAACUGGUGGCUCUAAAUUGACCAUAGAUGUGAGUGUGAAUGGUUGUUUGUCUCGAUGUGUCAGCCCUGUGAUGACCUGGCGACUUGUCCAGGGUGUACCCCGCCUCUCACCUGUAGUCAGCUGGGAUAAGCUCCAGCUUACUUGUGACCCUGUACAGGAUAAGCGGCUACAGAUAAUGGAUGGAUGGGUGGCUGGAUUGAGUGAAUCCCUCCAGUACAAUUAAGUUUUCAAUAAUAAUAUAUAAUACAUUUUCUGAUGAAUAAUUAUCAUUGUAAAGAAUUAUUAUACCAUACAAAAUGUAACUUACAAGACAGAAUGGA